AUGUUCCGCCUAUCUGUACGCAUUGUGACCUUGCGGUUGGAUGUACCACUUCGUCGCUUGACUCUUAUUUUCUAUUUCUUAUUUUCCUUCAAUUAUCUGUCUUCGUCCGUUUCCAUGUUGCCCUCCGUUAUCUUGGCAUCGCUAUCGGCAACGUCAUUCUGCAAAGUUGUGGUUUCCGUUCGUUCACCUACCGGAAUCCCGGUAGUUCGGUCCACAACCUCAAGUGCGCCGCAUGGUAACACAACAGUGUGUUCUCCAUACGCGCACUCUUGUUGGUGGAAUCCCCAUCUGCUGCAGAAACCCCAGAUGUCUUGCUUGUCAUCAUAUCGCAACUUCAAAUUCCCGAUGCCAUCAGUGACUCCUAAUUCAGUUAUGGGAAACUGA